CUGGCUUGGCUCUCCACGCCAUCGACGCGAAAGGACUGAUUGAUAAAGGCGGUGAGAUUGAUUUCUACACCUGUGCGCCAUCGCUGCAACCACUAUUGCAUGCGUGCGACACUUAUGCUGCUCGUCAGCCGCGUUGCAGCCUUCACAUCUCGCAUUGCACCAGCCAAGCGAGUCGUACGCAUGGCGUCAGGCCUCACAGAUCACGAGAAAUUCCUCUUCGACCUGAACGGGUACUUGGUCGUCCGCGGCGCGCUGUCGGCCGACGAGAUCGGAGAACUCAACGCAGCAAUAGACGCGCACAGCCACGAGGCCAUCUCGCGCGACGCCACGGCGCUCAAAAAUGCGAAGCGAGCUGGUUGUUUUGGCGCCAAGGGGUCGCGACGCGACCUCGGCGGCAUGCUUAAUUGGGAGCAGGACGGCUUCCGGAAACUGCUGGCGCACCCGAAGCUCGCGCCCUACUGCGACGCUUUAUUAGGGCCGGGCUACCGCCUCGACCACCAGCCGAUGGUGCUCCAGCAGGACGCGGGCUCCGAGGGAUUUUCUUUGCAUGGAGGCCCAUUGAAAGGUGACCACGACCUGAACCCCGAGCUCCAGUACCGCUGCGUCAACGGCAAGCCGUGGAACACGCUCGUGGCCAUGGCGGCGCAUUUGGUCGACGCGCCGGCGGGCGCGGGCGGUUUUUGUGUGGUCAAGGGCUCGCACAAAUCUAAUUUUGUGGUACCGCCCGAGUGGUGCGCGGGCCUGAACGACGAGUUUUCGAAGGAACACGUCUACCAGGUCGAGACGAAGGCGGGCGACGUCGUCUUCUUCAGCGAAGCCACCGUGCACGGCGCGCUGCCCUGGACCAUGCCUUAUGAAAGGCGCCUCGCGCUCUACCGCUUCGCGAAUGCCAACUACGCCUACGGCCGGGCCUACCUCAACGAGUGGUCCGGCGCGGCGGCCAGGUGCACGGAGGCGCAGAAAGCCGUGCUCCUGCCGCCCUACGCGCCGCGCCUCGAACGGCCCAUGGUGCCCGCGGCGGGCGACGCCGGCGAGGUCGUGGCCUUUGAACGCGAUGCGAAGAAGAAGGCGCACGACGUCGCGGUCUUCGGCACGGACUAUUUUUAG